UGUAUAUCUAAUUUCAGGUAAAAAUUAAAGUGAAAGAAAUAAUAAAAUCAUGAAUUUUUGUGGAGAAUAUAAUUUUACGGACAUCUGGGUGGAUAAUGGCAUAAACAGAUGUUUCUAUGAGACAGUAUGGUCCAUCGCCCUGGUGGCUUUCAUGACCAUUGCAGGUUCCGGUCAACUGACAACUUUUGCCAAAUAUGGCCGGAGGAUUGACUCGGAUUUCAAACCAAGUUCGAUAGGAAUGGUGGUUCAGAUCACAAUAACUGUUGUAUUAAUGAACGAGGUUAUGAUCCACGUGAUUUUACACGACACGACUCUGGGGAACCGGGACUUAUCCGGAUUUCAUGUGCUGGUGUUGUUUAGUAUGUUCUAUGUGUGGUCCUUUUCACUCCGUCUUAUCCUACUGGAGAGAAACCAGACGCUGCCCAGAUUCGUUCGUGGCCAUGGAUUCGCGCUGCUGAUAUUUUGGACAAUGGUUUUUGUCAAAGAAAGCUUGUAUUUCAUUUCCUGGAACAGUAAGAUCUACUGGUGGAACGAAGACACAAUCUCCAAGAAAGUGGAAUUUGGACUUUGGCUCGUCCGAUACAUUGGUAUUCUAAGUAUCUUAAUUCUGGGGUUCUGGGCCCCAAGUAUGCCGAGGAACAGUGCCCACCUAACUACGAGCAUCAGAAGGGAACCCAAAUCGAAGAAGAAAGAGUCCACUUGGAACAGCAUGACAGGAAAUAUUCGAAUGAUGAUUCCGAUUGUUUGGCCGAAGGGGAGCUUAUGGCGGCAGUUGUUAGUUUUCGUCUGCUUCAUCAUCCUCGUCUCUGGACGUGUGGUUAACCUAUUUGUUCCAGAGUACACUAAACAAAUUGUUGACAGUUUAUCUCCAUACAAGAACGAAGCUGGUGAACUGGUUCCUCCUGUUUUCAGAUGGGAUUUGAUUUUGUUGUACUGUCUGCUGCUAUUCAUGAGAGGCGGAGGAACAGGUACAACCGGAUUCCUGAACAAUGUGCGUGCUUUUCUUUGGAUCCCAAUCCAGCAAUACACGACACGUAGAAUCCAGCUUAAAUUUCUACGUCAUCUUCACAGCCUAUCUCUGCGCUGGCACUUAGAGAGGAAGACUGGCGAGGUACUGAGGACGAUCGACCGAGGAACGACCAGCAUUAACAGUCUACUCGGAUAUAUAUUAUUCAACAUCUUCCCUACCAUAAUAGACGUCAUACUCGCCAUUAUGUACUUCGUUCUUGCCUUCAACUAUAUAUUUGGAAUUAUAACAUUCAUGUGUAUGCUGUUUUAUUUAGGUAUUACAGUUCUGAUCACAGAAUGGCGAACAAAAUAUCGACGAUUACAGAACAGACUGGACAAUCAACGCAAUCAGACGGCCGUGGACUCGUUGCUAAAUUUUGAAACGGUGAAGUAUUAUGCAGCCUCAGACUUUGAAAUUCAGAGAUACGAUAAAGCAAUCCACAGUUUUCAGGUGGCGGAGUUCAAGUCGACAUCAUCUUUAAACCUUCUGAGCUGCCUUCAGAACAUCACCAUCACGGUGGGCUUUUGUGUGGGCUCACUCCUGUGUGCCUACUGUGUGGUCAGCGACAUUGACGGUCUGAAACUGACCGUUGGGGAUUACAUUUUGUUCGGAACUUACAUCACUCAGUUGUACGGCCCUCUGAAUUGGAUUGGAACUUAUUACAGGAUGAUCCAGCAGGCUUUUAUUGAUAUGGAAAACAUGUUUGAAUUACUGCAAGAACAGCCAGAGAUUAACGACCAUCCGGGAUCCACUGACCUCGUGUUAAACGGAGGGGGGAUUGAAUUUAGAGAUGUUAACUUUAGUUAUACCAAAGAACGUCCCAUUCUAAAGAAUCUGUCUUUCAACGUUCCAGCCGGACAGACAUAUGCUUUGGUUGGUCACUCAGGCAGUGGUAAAAGUACAAUAGUCCGGCUGCUCUUCCGGUUUUAUGAUAUACAAGGCGGAGCAAUUCUUAUUGAUGGACAAGACAUAUCACAGAUUACGCAAAAUUCGCUCCAGAAACAGGUCGGGGUAGUACCGCAGGACACGGUGUUGUUUAAUCAAGACAUCCGUUACAAUAUUCGCUAUGGAAACCGAGAAGCGCAUGAUGUCGAUGUCUUAGAUGCGGCGGAAGCGGCAGAUAUUCACAACAGAAUUCUAAGCUUUCCAGACGGUUAUGACACAGCUGUUGGAGAAAGAGGUUUAAAAUUGAGUGGAGGCGAAAAACAAAGAGUAGCCAUUGCUAGAACUAUAUUGAAAAAUCCAACGAUCGUGCUUCUUGAUGAAGCCACAUCGGCUCUGGAUACAAGCACGGAGAGAUACAUACAAGCCUCCUUGGAGGAAAUAUGCCGGAAUCGAACAACAAUUAUCGUAGCUCAUAGAUUAUCAACAGUCAUACAUGCUCAUCAGAUCCUAGUCAUGAAGGAGGGAGAAAUUAUAGAGAAGGGAACACAUAAUGAACUUUUAUUACACGGAGGCUUUUACAAGGAUAUGUGGAAACAGCAGCUACAGAACACCCAGGACAAAGACAACGGCGCCCUGAGUUCUACGUCAUCAAACGGAUCAGCAGACGACGGAACUCGGUGACGAAAAAGCAUCGUUAUAUCGCUCUUUUAUCAAUGAUACUAGAGAAUGUCUGCUUGUUUCAAACAGGCAUUUAUUGUCAUGUGUUGCUCUGUUACCUAUCAAAUGAAUGACUACAAAACUUUGAACUAUUAACAGAGCAAUCUACAAGAUGAAUGUUUCCCGUGAUGUCGAUGUCAGUGAAUCCGUGUGUUGUAGUGUAUGGUACUGGUUUAAAGUGUUACGGGUGUAUACACCAUUUCUUAAAGGAAAGUGAGGUGGAUACAGAAAUCAAAUAUAUGGUAAACUUGAGCAGAAAGGUUAAAAUCGUUCUUCCUGUGCAGAAAAGGGAUACAGUUCUUGUGAACUACUGCCCUGCGUCUCCUCACUGUUACAGGAAAAAUACUGGGAGUGUUUCGUGUACAAUCACAUUCAAGAUUAUCUUACUGUAUUUAAUUUCUUCUGUUGCAUUCAAUCUGCUUUCCAAAUGGGCACCUCAGCAAUAAACUACAUGUAACUUAUGGAUAUCAUGAAUGACAAAGAGAAAGCGUUAACCAUAUGCAAAGAAGUUAGGUGUGUAUUUUGUUAUAUUCGCAAGACUUUUGAUCUGCUUUUUGUAGGCCUGAUUUUGGAACAUAUGUUUGAAAGUUGCUUAAAUUAUAAAUAACAGUCUUACUUUACGGAUAAAGACAGUGUACCCCAGGGAUUUAUCUUUGGGCCUCCUCUUUUUCCGAGUAUUUAUCACUGAUACUGUCAUUGAUCUUCAUGGCAAUAAAACGUUUUGCAAACUAUACGACUUCAUGUAUAGUAGUAUAACAUCUUGCAGCAGGUCUCCCUGAAUGGGCAAAGCAGUGGCUGGUCACUUUCAGUCCCAGUAAACCUGACAGCUUCUUAAAAUCCUCAACAACAAAAACGAAUUCAGUAGAUCGCUGUACACGUGCUUCAACAAAAUUCCUAUCAAAGAAGUCAACCAUCACAAGCAUCAGGGACUUAAUUUUUAUACGCCCGUCUUAAGAUGGGACGUAUUAUGGUAUGGCGUUCAUGUCCGUCCGUCUGUCUGUUAGCUUUUUCGUGUCCGACCCGUAACUUAAAUACUACAAGGCCUAGAAUCAUCAAACUUUGUCUGUAGAUACAUCUUGGGUAGAAUGUGUGUCGCACAUUAAAACCAGGUCACUGUGACUUUUCAUUAAGAAGAUAUCCGUCUGUCCGUCCGUCUGUUAGCUUUUUCGUGUCCGACCCGUAACUUAAAUACUACAAGGCCUAGAAUCAUCAAACUUUGUCUGUAGAUACAUCUUGGGUAGAAGGUGUGUCGCACAUUAAAACCAGGUCACUGUGACUUUUCAUUAAGAAGAUAUGGCCAUAUAUGGCAAAAACUUGUCCGGCUCAUAACUUGAAAACUAUUAGACCUAGAAUCACCAAAAUUGGUCAACUAAUGCAUCUUAGGUAGAAGGUGUGUCGCAUCCUACUUUAAGGUCACUGUGACAUUUAAUUAAGGUGAUAUAAAAAAAAUGUUUUAAUGGGUACAAUCUAUACUGUUAACAAUAUGUGACGGGCGUAUCAUGUGCCGUGGCGGUGCACUUUAUUCAAGUAAUGAGAUCAUGCAAGUGCUCACUACAAAAGGAAUCUUUAGAAAUAGUCUACAUGUACUUUCCUUGCGUUCAAACUGUUCCUGUAAUUGUCGAUGGGAUUAUGAAAUUAUCAUCUUUCAUUGUGUUUCACAAAAAAUGACACCAUAUGAUUAUUUGUAGUGUAUCAUGUAAUUUGCUACACUGACAUUGUAAACCUAAUGUUUUCUACACUGAUAUUGUAAACCUAAUGUUUUCUACACUGAUAUUGUAAACCUAAUGUUUUCUACACUGAUAUUGUAAACCUAAUGUUUUCAAAAAUAAAUCUGCAUUGUUGUAUUAUAUUAAGUAAAGAAAAAUAAGAAAA